UAGAGUGAUCAUAUUUGAAAUUUUCCUUGUUUAUGUACUGUUUGUAUAAUUUUAUUCUAUUGUUUUGCCAAUUGUAAAAUUUAUGAAGUAUUUUUCUUAAUUCUUCUAGUAGUUUUAUUGUGUACUAGUUACCUAUUGUCAUUGUAACAUUAAUAGUUAGGAUGGUUUGCGACGGCCCAGACCCCCCAGACAACAAUCCGCACGAUCUAACUCCACCUCGUAGACAAGACUUGAUGAUGGUUACAAAUCAUACAGAGGACAGCGACGAGGAACAAAACGAAUAUUUUGGGUACGAACCUUUACCCCAAGGGCCUGAAACAGUGCAUUCAGACCACGAUAGCGACGAAGAAACAGAGAAUAAUGAAGAGACACAGGUAGUAAAUAAUAGCAAUAUUCCUCCAAUAGAAAGUAUGGACACAGCAAUUACCAGAGAGGUGUGGAAUACACCACAUCCAGCUGAUUCUAUACAGAUGGAUACAGAACGUGCCCAACAGGUAAUGUCUGCAAUGGCAAAUUUUGCAUUGCCACAGACGUCAAUACCUGACUGGGCCAAAAGUAUAACAGAAGAACAAUGGAAGCAAACACUAAAUGAUAGGAUAGAAAUACUGAAAAGUAACAGAUAAAAAUAUCAAAUUAAGCAAACAUAUUGAAAUUGUAUUACAGAUAUAUGUAAUAUGUGUAUAUAAUGCUAAAAUUAUAAUAGAUCUCUAAUAAA